GAGACGGGCCCUGAUUGGAAGUGAGCGGUGACCCUCCUGAUCUGAUCGAUCCCCUUCCGAAUCGGAGAUCUGCUCCUCCGUCUACAAAGCGAGGCACCACCGCCCCUUGCAGACCCCAAAUCCAAAAGCUAGGGUUUCACGCCACGCUGCGGCGAGCAUCCCGACUCCCACCCGAAUCGAGCGCCGCGCGGCAAAUCCGACACAGGGGAUGGCCGACGCGCCAGGGAAUCUCCGUUUGUUCGGCGGCCUGACGGUCCUCCGGGAGCCUGCGCCGGCGGGGACUCAGGAUGCUGCUGCUGAUGCGAUGUCCGGCGCUCCGUGCGCCGGCGAGCAUGCGCCUAGAGAGGAGGAGGGGGUUCUGACCGGCGCGAUGAGGAAGGCGCAAGAGGCUGAUGCGAUAUCCCCCGAUGGUGCAUCUGCCGCCGAUGCGGCGGCGGCGCCCGCUGCCGGCGACGCCGAGGAGGUCAAGGCCGCGGAGACGAAGUGGGUCGAGAUGCCGGCGGAGCACGUGCGCUGGAUCCUGGCGCAGAGGCGGGAGAACCACCCCACGCCCUCCAUCGAGGACUACGAGCUCUACCGGACCCACGACCCGGUGAAAUCGACGGUGUUCUCGCAGAGGAACAUCGACGCGAAGCGGGAGCUCUUCGCCGGCCUGCUCGACUCGCUGAGGGCCUCCCACGGCGAGUUCUUCGAGUACCAGGCCCGGGUCCGGGACGAGUUCGGCAGGGACGGCCGGGUCCUGGUGCCGGAGGAGGCCCUCGGCCCCCGGGACGGCUGGCAGGAAGACAUCGACGCCAUCUGGGCCAAGUGUAGAGAGGAGUAUGCGAGGGAGCACCCUGCUGAUUCGGACGGCGAGGACGACGAGUCCGCCAUGGAUGCUGACUGCAACGCCGAGGAGUGUGUGCCACUGCCAUCCUGCUGAGAUCCGUCAGAGCUUCGUACAGUUUGCUCUGCUCCGGGCCAAUAAUGUUACCUAUCUCAUCUCCUAUCUAUGAUCCACCCACAGGAUCAGAAGGGUUAAGCUAUUUAUCUGCUGUAUCUAUAUUCAUCCGGAAGUAGUUGGCAUGCAGGUCUCUCUCUGCACCUGAGUUUGGAACUGAUGUGCAAUCAAUCGUAUGGAGUUAUCUGUUUAAGUUUAACUAACCACACUGUCAGUUUCUAUUACCGUAUUUUCUUUUCCUAUCAAUCUUAACCUCUGCUGAUCUA